CCCCGCCCAGGCCUGGCCUCUGGGUCCGCGCGCAGUCGCCUGCAGACCCGGAAGUGGAUGGCGUGGAGAGAUGGCGCAACUGCGGCGCGAUUGACUUCUAAAGAGUCAUGUUAUGUGAAGGAGAAGCGCAGAAGAGGAAAGCAAAGGAGUCAGGGAUGCCACUUACUCAGGGACACUUGACAUUCAGGGACGUGGCCAUAGAAUUCUCUCAGGAGGAGUGGAAAUGCCUGGACCCUGUGCAGAAGGCUUUAUACAGGGAUGUGAUGUUGGAGAACUACAGGAACCUGGUCUCCCUAGGGAUAUGUCUUCCUGAUCUGAGUAUUAUCUCCAUGAUGAAGCAAAGGACAGAGCCCUGGACUGUGGAGAAUGAAAUGAAAGUAGCAAAAAAUCCCGUUAGGUGGGAAGGUAUCAAAGAUAUCAACACAGGGAGGUGCUGUGCAAUGAGAAGCAAAGCAGGAAACAAGCCUAUUACGAAUCAACUUGGAUUAACCUUUCAGUUACCUCUGCCAGAACUGGAGAUAUUUCAAGGUGAAGGGAAGAUUUAUGAAUGUAAUCAAGUUGAAAAGUUCAUCAGCCACAGUUCUUCAGUUUCACCACUUCAAAUAUUUUAUUCUGGGGUCAAAACCCACAUUUUUUAUAAACACAGGAGUGAUUUUGUUGAUUUUCCAUUGCUGUCACAAGAACAGAAAGCACACAUUAGGAGAAAACCUUACGAAUGUAAUGAGCAGGGCAAGGUCUUCAGAGUGUCUUCAAGCCUUCCUAAUCAUCAAGUAAUCCACACUGCAGAUAAACCUAACAGAUGUCAUCAAUGUGGGAAAGCCUUCAGGUACAAGUCAGGCCUUGCAGAACACUGGAAAAUUCGUCCGGGAGAGAAACCUUACAAAUGUAAAGAAUGUGGCAAGCUCUUCAAUCGAAUUGCAUACCUUGCACGACAUGAGAAACUGCAUACUGGAGAGAGUCCUUACAAAUGUAAUGAGUGUGGCAAGGUCUUCAGUCGUAUUACAUACCUUGUACGACAUCAGAAAAUUCAUACUGGAGAGAAACCUCAUAAAUGUAACGAAUGUGGCAAGGUUUAUAGUAGCAGUUCAUACCUAGCACAACAUUGGAGAAUUCAUACAGGAGAGAAACUUUACAAAUGUAAUAAAUGUGGCAAAGAAUUUAGUGGACAUUCAAGCCUCACCACCCAUCUGUUAAUCCACACUGGAGAGAAACCUUACAAAUGUAAAGAAUGUGACAAGGCUUUUAGGCACAAGUUCUCCCUAACAGUUCAUCAGAGAAAUCAUAAUGGAGAGAAACCUUACAAAUGUCAUGAAUGUGGCAAAGUCUUCACUCAAGUUUCACACCUUGCACGACAUCAGAAAAUUCACACUGGAGAGAAACCUUACAAAUGUAAUGAGUGUGGCAAAGUCUUCACUCAGAAUUCACACCUUGCAAAUCAUCAGAGAAUCCAUACUGGAGAGAAACCUUACAAAUGCCGUGUGUGCGGUAAGGUCUUUAGGCACAGCUCAUGGCUUGUACAGCAUCAGAGAAGCAUUCAUGAGAGAGUCCUUACAAACUGAGUUUGGCAAACUCUAUCAUGAGUUCUAGCAUUAAUCAACAUCCAAGAGUCCAUACUAGAAAGAAAUCAUUUAAAUAUACUAUCUAUGGCACAGGCUGUAUCGACACCUACCAAAUCAGUAGACAUCAAAACAUUCGUCUUUGGUGAAACCACACAAAUGGAUGGUGUGUGCCAAGGCUAACAAGUCAAAAUCUGUUGAACCUGAUGAUAUGAUGUGUAUAAAGGGUGCAAGGACACGUGGAAAUGGUCUGUUAUAUUCGGGUUAUUAAAAAUGUAAUUAUUUGGAUUUGAAAGGCCAGGUGCAGUGGUUCAUGCCUAUAAUCUCAGCACAAUAGAAAACCAAGACAGGAGGGUCACUUGAUGCCAUGAGAUCAAGAUCAGCAUGGGCUACGUAGCAAGGCCUAUCUCUACAAAAUAAAAAACCCAAGCCCUUGGCAUGUGUCUGUAGUUCCAGCUACUCGAGUGGCCAAAGCAAGAGGAUUGCUCAAGCCCAGGAGUUUGAGAGUUUGAGCAGUGAGCUCUGAUCUUGCCAUUUGUACUCCAGCUUGGGUGACAGAACGAGUCCCUGUCUCAAAAGAAAGCAAAAAAAAAGGCUAGUUUUUAUGACUUCAACCUGAACUUUGAAAUCUCUUCAUGUGCCUUCCCUACAGGCCUUUCACUGUGGUCUCUGGGAAAGAAUCAGUCAGAUGACAGGGCUGACUUCAUUAGCUGAGGAGCGUUUCUAUCCAAUUUCCUGGAAGAAUAAGGACUCUUCCUUUUCAGAUUAAAGAUUGUCUGAUUUAGAGGCCAUGGAGAUGGACAGAGAAGAACAAAACCGUGAUGGUAGUCAUCAUGUUUAUUGCAGUUAGCACACUAUUUUCCUGACGGGCACAGUGCUGCUGUGCUCUACAAGUGACCAUGAAAUACAGCAUGCCAUGACUUUAGGACACAGGGAUUUUUAUGGGAAGAGAGUCAAGUCAUUAGGGACUGAUUACGUAGUAGAGACAAUGCAGGGGAAAUGGUGGCCACCUUCUCCAUUGAAUAGCAAUAGCUCCUGUUUAGCAAAGACUGAUUAAAAAGUACUCUUAUUUUUGAAAUGGAAGAGAGAACAGUUACAUCAGAGUAGAGAGUUUAAUCAAAACUACCAAUGGAACAUGUUCUUGAGUAGGAUUCAUGUUUAACUGCUGGCAUAAUUUGCUUCUGUUUGAUUUAGAAUGUCCAUAGUUCUCAUGUUUGGAACAAUAAAGUUGAAAUUUUCCAAAGUGUGAA